AUGGGCGGAUAUCCCUUGGGAUACCCGGAUAUCCGCCAGGAUUUCAGGGGGAAGGGGGCAUCCGCAUCCGCUGGCGGGUAUCCGUUGGCACUGGCGGGUAUCCGCCAGCGGAUAACGGAUAUCCGCAACGGAUUAUCCGCGACCAUCUCUAAUAUCGACAACAAUGACUUGGAAGCCAGUAGAUCGGUCCUUGGAAACGUUUGUCUUGAAGGUCAAAAGGCAGCCAAACGGAAGCGAGCCGAGGAAGGUGCUAUCGAUAAGAUAGUUUUAAUGCAGAAAGAACUUGUUCAGAUUUCUCGUGACCGCUUGGCUUCAAUGAGAAGUGCGACCAAUGAUGAGGCAAAAGAGAAGGACAAAAAGGAGGAAAAGGAGGACGACGACGAGGAAGCCGAGGACAAGGAGGAUGAGGAAGAGGAGGAUGCCGAGGAAGAGGAGGAAGAGGUGGUUGUGGAGGAGGAGGUUGAGUGA